AUGGAAGAAAGAGGUGAUUCUCGGGUGCCUCCUCCUCGUGUUCGGAUUUUUGAAUGCGCCCGUGAUGGAAUUCAGGAAUUAUUUAAUCGCGACUCUAGCAAGGCUACAAAGCCGAUGGAUGAGCGUAAUUUUCCAAAAUCAUUUUGGAUUCCACCCACAAAGGAGCAUUCAAAGUGCUCUGGCUCCCUAGUGGAGAAUAAUCAGGAUGGUUUUUGCAUUUCGCAUAGGAAGUCGAACUCAUCACCUUCUUGUAUUGGUGCUAACGCUGCCUAUCUUUCCGAACCUAUCGACCACAACAGGCAAAAGAGUUUAGAUACUACUCAAAACUUGGCUCGAAAUCCAAAGGGCAGCCCUAUGAUGUGUAAUGCAGGGCUAUUGCCACAUACGGACAGGGGGUACAAUCCUUUUAAUACUUUACUUUUGUAUGUAGCCCCUUUCAUUAUUCGGAUACGCGACAGUCUGAUAGCCUCUCAUCUCCAGUAUGUGAAUUGCCGCCAGAGUUUCAAAUGGCGAUUAACGAAAAUAAGCAAGUUUAUUUUCUCAAUCACGAAACAAAACAAACUACUUGGUACCUUCUAUUUAUCUAGCCGAGUGUUAAGGUUCGAUCCGCGUAUUCCGCCGGACGAGCAGAAGUGGGGCAUGACAAUAGAGGAAUUAGAUCAAAUUCAUAUAAAUUAUGCAAGACGUCAAAAACUGGAUACACAUUCCUUGGAGGGUCAUCGACAAUUACCAGCUUCUCCGAUGUCAGUGCUAUCUCCAAUUGAUUCGGGAGGAAUGAGUGGUGGGGGCGGAGGGGGCGAAUCCACCAGCUGCUGCUCAACGCUGCCCAGUUCUCCAAGCAGCACAGCCGGUCAUUUAGUCUCGGGAAGUGGUGGGGGUGGGGGUGUUAGACCGGCCUCAGUGCCGCGAAUGCAGCAUCCGGGUGCUUUCUCCAUGACACACAUAGCGCCUACGCCACGUGCCCUCCCCAUGAACCUUCUCCCCCCUCAGGGCUCCAAGCCGAUGCCGUCCCGACAGCAGCAGCACCAACAACAACAACAGCACAUCGCUCAUACCAAAUCAUCGAGUCAGCCAGUGGCCAUGACAGUGAGUGGUGUGUCAGGCCAUGCAGAUUCCUGUAUGGGAGGUGGUGGUGGAGGUAGUUCAGGCGGAUAUGCUCUCGGUCCAAGCUCCUCCCUCACAAGGUUGCACCAUCCUAAUUACGGAGCAACACUGUUUCCCUCAAGCGAACCGCUUCCUGCUACUUCCUCAGGCCACUUGGCUCAAGACAUGGAGGAACUGUCGCUAAGCCGCGGCACCGGCGAGACGCCUCUUCCACACCUCCAGCAGAUGUUCUGCACCACACCCCUUCUUCCCCUCCUCUCACAGUCCUCCAUGCCGCCUCCUGGAACUGCUCCCACCGCCAAUGCUGGGGAGUAUGGUACCGGUGGAUCUGUGGCCACUCAACAAAUCUCUUCGGCACAGCACUCACAUCAGAGCAGCAUGGACAGCGGCGUAGGACCCUCUGUAGCUGGUGGUCACUCAAUUCCCAGCGCCAACCAGACACCUGAGCACACCAAGGUGGCCUGCUUCGAUUCAAGUGAGUCAUUUCGCUGUUUUGUCAGGGCAUUUGUUCCGUACACGCACGCACACACUUCCACAAUUAACUGCUCUUUCAACCAGUUAACCUUAAUCCUAUGGUUCCUUUGUCAGAAUACUUAUUACGUGGACAGCUACCAUAUCACUAGGGUCGCGCCAAAUGUAUCAGAUACUGAAUUGCAUUGUGUAUUACUUCAUGUGAAGGUUCCAACUGUUGAGACACCGUGGUAG